GCCGUAGCCCGCCCGCCCGCACCCUCGCGCGGUGGCGCCGAAGCGCGGGCGAGACUGCGCGGCGCGGCGCUCCAGCCCCCCACGCGCGCCAUGUGGCUCCUGCCCCCGCCGCUAUCCGCCACGCAGCCCGCCGAGGCCGAGAACCGUAAACCGUAACUGAAAGGAGUCCACCUGACGCCUCCUCCUCGGGGCUCCUCGUCACCCCGUUUCGCUUCCGAGAUUCGCUUCGGCUUCCGCCCAUUGAUCCCUUCCCCCUCCCUUUCCUUUAUUCCUAUCGGCCACCCGCACCCAGCACCAACCCACCCGCCCCGCAUUUCUGGGUGCUUUGCUUUUGCUUCGCCCGCGAUUCGAUCCGAGCUUGAUCAGGUGAGCAGUUGCUCGUUCGAGGGUUCGCGGAGAUGACCUCGUCGCCGGCGAGCUGCCACGAGUGCUCCUUCAAGGUCCUGCUCAUCGGGGACUCGGCCGUCGGCAAGAGCAGCCUCCUCGUCAGCUUCGUCUCCGCCUCCCACAUCGACGACGACAUCGCCCCAACCAUAGGGGUGGAUUUUAAAAUCAAAUUUCUCACUGUUGGUGGGAAGAAACUGAAACUGACAAUAUGGGACACUGCUGGCCAGGAGAGGUUUAGGACAAUCACCAGUUCUUACUACAGGAGUGCUCAUGGAAUCAUUCUAGUUUAUGAUGUCACGAAGAGGGAGAGUUUCACAAAUUUGGCUGAUGUAUGGACCAAGGAAAUAGAGUUGCAUUCAACAAAUAAAGAAUGUGUCAAGAUGCUUGUCGGAAACAAAGUGGACAAGGAUGAGGAAAGAAUGGUGACAAGGGAAGAAGGUCUUGCCUUUGCACAAGAAUUUGGAUGUCUGUUUGUCGAGAGCAGUGCCAAAACAAGAGAGAACGUGGAGAAAUGUUUUGAAGAGCUUGCAUUAAAGAUUCUUGAGGUUCCAAGUCUCUUGGAGGAAGGUUCUUCCGUUGUUAAGAGGAACACUCUGAAACAGAAGCAAGAGAAUGCAAAACAAGGUGGAGGAUGCUGUCAGUAGAUCCAGCGAUUGUGUGCAGCUCGCUCAUGGUAUCUAGGUUCAGCUGUCCUUGUAUUGGGAUGUAAGUUGCAUCUAAAUGCUCAAUGGUGCAGCCAAUGCGAGUAAAGGGAGAAUUAACCACUUGAGGUUUUGGUGUGAAUUGAUCUGUACAAAAGAGAACCUUUUUUCUUUUUCUUGACGUGGCAAUUUGGCUUGCUGCUUGUAACGAGAUGCAGUCAGCUGAUCACUUCCUUAAUUGUAUGUAUGGAAGUGUAUAGCCGGUACAUAGUUCAGGGCUCGUAGUUAGCUAUGGAAGCUCUGCAACCAUGCGAAGUAUUCAGCUGCUUGGUCCGUAUUCUGAAUCGUACAGUCGGUUCUUUUCUUUGAGAGGAUUAUCAUCAUUUUAGUUUGAAUGGUAUUCUACUGGAGUACUACACAGUAGUAUGACAGAGCCCUGGAAUCCUUGACUCGAACCUACGGCAGCUCUAUCUUUGCUAUCCAGGAGGAAUAUUUCAUUUUUGCAUCA